AUGCGCCAACAAGCUGCGGGUCAGCGAAGUCGUCGCCAGACUGCCCCGUCUGGACCGCCGGUAGAUAUCAAGGCCAAGGUGAUUGACGAGCAUGAAACCAUUCCGGAUGGCCUGGAAUCUUUCACCGACAUCAAAAAUGAGCUGGAGUUUGCGCAAUGGUAUAACGAUGUUGAGGAUAAUUUGCUUGAGGCCAGCUACGAUGAGUAUCAAGCAUGUUUACAGGAGCUUCAACUGUCCAAGUCCCAUCUAGAUGCCUUAUUAUCGGAUACAUCUUCGACCCUAAACCUUCUCACCAACCUGUCCAAUGACUUCAAGGCUGUGGAGUCGCAGACGUCCAAUUUCCAGAAGCAGUGUGAAGGGCUUCUCUCCGCGCAGAAGCACGACCUAGAACUAGCUACGGAUAUUCAGGAUAAUCUGCAGUACUAUGAAUUUCUCGAUCCGGCUUCGAGGCGGCUUAAUGCUCCGGGUGCUGGAAAUACUGUGCGCGGGCAAGAGUUCUCGGAUAUGCUCAGACGGCUCGACGAAUGCUUGGACUACAUGGAGGUACAUACCGACCAAAAAGAGGCCAGCGUGUACCGCUCCAGGUAUCGGCUCCUGAUGACUCGAGCCCUUACUCUCAUUCGAACACACUUUGUCACUUCUCUACGCGAUAUCUACGCCGAUGCCUCCAAGAAGAUUGCCGACAAACAGCUCAAUGAGACAACCAUGUCCACCCUACUAUAUGCGAAAUUCCGGGUCGGCGCACCGGAGCUGAAACAGAUUGGCCUCGAGAUCCAGAAACGCGCCGUGCCUCCGUUGGAUCCCGACCAAGGCACGGAGGCCGAGUACCAGAGCCUUCUCAACGAUCUUCACGCCAACUACGCUGCGACUCGCGGGAAAUUGAUGAUCCCGCUGGUCCGCAAAAAUCUCAGCGACAUCGCGCAGUCACCUACCUCGUCACAGGAUCUGGUUUCUUUCGCUCGUGCGAGCAUUAGCUACAUUCGCGGGGUCUGCUUGGACGAAUUCGAAUUAUGGGGGGAGUGGUUCCAUGGUCAGGGUGGGCUCUACGACUUCCUCGAAACCAUCUGUGAACCUUUGUAUGAUCACCUCCAGCCCAGGAUCAUUCACGAGGACAAGAUAGUCAAGCUUUGCCAGCUUUGCACGCUGCUACAGACCCGAUACCUAUUCGAUCAGGAUGAGGAGAUAGAACAGCCCCUGGACGCCAAUCAGCUCGACUUCACCACUCUGAUUCAACCUGCUCUGGAAGACGUUCAGACUCGCCUCGUCUUCCGGGCUCAAGCUUUUCUCCGCGAUGAGAUUGAACGGUACAAGCCCCGUCCCGAAGACCUGGAUUACCCGGCACGCAACCGGCAAUUCUCGAUCUCGGUCACGGAGGGCCAGAUCUCCGGCCGCAAGAUUGCUUCCGAGCCCAUUGUCAACAUCCAAAAGUCCGCAAAACAAACCGAAGAUAGCACAGACGCAGACCCCGAUGCGAAGUGGGAUCUUGAGACUCCAAAUGCCUUUAGUGGGUGGUAUCCAACCCUUCGUAAAGCCAUUUGGUUACUGAGCCGCAUUUACCGGCUUGUCAACUCGACCGUCUUUGACGAUCUCGCCCAUCAAAUCGUCCACCAAACCACCCUCUCCCUCCACCAUGCCAGCACUCUCAUUCCCCCCUCAACCACUACAAGCAAUCCCAAAUCCGCAACGCCUACUCCCCCAACUCGUCUGGAAACCCACCGCCAACUCUUCCUAAUGAGCCAUCUCCUCAUCCUUAAACAACAAAUCGUCGCCUUCGACAUCGAGUAUGUCGCCCCAGAAACCUCUUUGGACUUCUCUGGUCUCACGCACACCUUCUGGGAGCUCCGGGAAGAGCGCGGCGGCCUCUUCAACCCGCGCAACCUCGUCCGCCUGGUCGGCCAUGGUCUCCUGCCCCGCGUGGUCGAGAAUAUGUUAGACGCGAAAGUCGAACUGGAUGGCCGUCUCCGGACCGUGAUCAACGACUUUAUCAAUGGGUUUGCCAGCACAAUGACCGCAUCACUGCCCGCGAAGUUCGUGGCCACCGCCACCGCGCAGAGACAGGCGGCGGAGGAGUGGAUCUAUCCAACGUGUCGGAACAUCGAGACUGAGGUGCUGGGACUGAGGCGCGUCUUGGGGGAGUACCUGGAUGAUCUGCGGAUGCGGGAGACGUUGGUCGGGGCGGUUCAAGAUCGGGUAAUCCAGAUUUACGAGGAGUUUUGGGAGCGCUUUGUCGCCGAGGAGAGACGAAGCGGAUCGAUGGCUGGAGGAGUGAGAGGGAAGGGGAAGGGGAAGGGACGUGAGGACGAUGUCUGGGAUGUGGAUACGUUUGCGGAGUGGUGUGAGGGCGUCUUUCGAGUGGGCAUCUCGGGGGUAAAUGAUGACGAUGAUGCUGUUGGUGACGGUGAUGGAAAUGCUUCGAGUCGGACAGGGAGCCUGGGCUCACUGCAGAAUCAAUAGUCGGAGGGGCAGAUGAAGUUGUA